AUGGCUGUGUUCCGACUGUCGCUGCUGCUGCAAGUGGGCUUCGUGAUCGCGUCGAACCACGAACACGCGCAGUGGUCCGCGCGCGGGGGGGAAGACGCCGCAGCCCGGGGGGCGGUGGACGGCGCUCGGGCGCACCGUCGGCAUCUGGCGCAUCUCCGCGCGCCGCGUCCUCCCGGGGAGAAGACCGAGGAGCAUCUCCCCCGGGUGGUCACGGCUUUCCUCCACACGGGGGACUCGACCACCUUGAAGCACGCCAACUGCUCGCAGAGGUACGAGCUCACUUCUCUGCGGGGGAGGUCGCACGGCGCCCCGCACCACUCCAUGGGCAGCGCGCUGGACACGGUGCUGCACGCCGCCAACUUCCUCAACAUGAUCCUGCAGGCCAACAGGUCCAGGGAGCAGAGUCUCCGCAGAGACAUCGAGUGGUACCAUGCCUUGGUGAGGAGCGUCCUGGAGGGAGACGACAAGAUCCACCGGGCGGUCGUCACUUUCAGCGCGGGCUCGUCCGCGCCGGGGCCCUCGGUGCUCCUCCAAGCCACCAGGGCCGGUGGGGAGAUAGUCCUCCAAGACCUCUCCAGCGUGGCCCACCUCCAUCUGCACAACCGCACGGUAGACACGGCGUGGUACCACGGUGUCAGAGACCGGAAGAAGCCCAGCUUCCAUAAGAGGGUGCUGAUCCAAGAUUGGAGCUCACUUGACAAUCCCUUAAAAAGAGGGGAGACUUUCAUCCCGGACAGGACGCACGUCAAAUGGUCCGUGCCCUUCCUGGAGUGUGAAAAUGGGAAUUUUGUUCCCCGCUGGCUUCUGACCUUAUCGGCUGCCUUCUAUGGCCUGAAGCCCAACCUGGCUCCUGAAUUCAGGGGCGUGGUGCGAGUGGACAUUAAUCUGCAGGAUGUCGACAUCGACCAGUGCUCCGCCGACGGCUGGUUCGCUGGAACGCAUCGAUGCAACCUGACCACGAUGGAGUGUUUGCCGCUCCGAGGUCGAGGAUUCGUCUUGGACAAGUACACGUGCCGCUGCCGGACGGGAUUCUACCACCCGGACCGAGUGGCCGUCAACGGCUUUACGAGGACGGGGAGGAAGGGCAAAGCGUCGGACAGCGGCCCCAACGCGGACGAGGGGUCAUCCAGCGACUGCCUGCCGUGCCAGCCGGGCUGCAGCUUCUGCAGGGACGAGACGGCGUGCGCGACGCGGGAGGACGGCGCCCUGCGCUGGGCCGUGGUCUCCUCCCACGGCCUCUGCGUGCUCGCCGUCUUCGUCAGCAUGGUCCUCGUCUACCACUUUCGCAGGAACAAGAGUAUCCGAGCAUCAGGUUUAGUCCUGCUGGAGGCCAUCCUGUGCGGAGCUCUGCUUCUCUACUUUCCGGUCGGGAUCCUCUACUUCCAGCCCAGCGUUUUCCGCUGCGUCCUCCUGCGAUGGGUUCGCCUGCUGGGUUUCGCCACCGUCUACGGGACACUGACUCUUAAGCUCUACAGGGUGCUGAAGGUGUUCCUGUCCCGCACGGCCCAGAGGAUCCCCUACAUGACCAGCUGGCGAGUGCUGCGUCUGCUGGGCAUCAUCCUGCUCAUCGUCUGCUGGUUCCUGGUGGCUUGGACAUCUGCCGUCUGCCAGAACCCGGACAGGAAGUUGGCUCUCAUCGACGUGGGCUACACGCCCGACGGGCUGCAGUUCAGCAUGUGCCUGCUGGACCGCUGGGACUACAUGAUGGCUGUCGCUGAGUUCCUCUUCCUGCUGUGGGCCGUGUACCUGUGCUACGCCGUGAGGACGGUGCCGUCGGCGUUCCACGAGCCGCGCUACAUGGCCAUCGCCGUUCACAACGAACUCGUGCUGACGGCGAUAUUCUACGUCAUCAGGUUCACUCUCGCUCCAGAGCUCCACCCGGACUGGAUGCUGCUGCUGUUCUUCACCCACACCCACUUAACUGUCACCGUAACACUGGGUCUGCUGCUCAUCCCCAAGUUCAUGUUUGCUGGCACCCACAUGAGAGACGAUAUCGCCUCUGAGGCCUACGAGGACGAGAUGGACAUGGGUCGCUCUGGGUCAUAUCUCAACAGCAGCAUCACAUCAGCGUGGAGCGAACACAGUCUGGAUCCUGAGGACAUUCGGACACCAGAGGAAAUGGGCCAUCUCAGUCCUAUUAAUGGCUGUGGCGUAAGGUCUUGCGACAGUCUCUGGGAAAAACGUACCAACGAGGAACUGAAGAAACUCUACUCCCAGCUGGAGAUUUACAAAAGAAAGAAGAUGCUGGCAAACAACCCUCACCUCCAGAAGAAGCGGAGCUCCAAGAAAGGGUUGGGUCGCUCGCUGAUGAGGCGCAUAACUGAGAUCCCAGAGUCGGUGCACCGGCAAUGCAGCCGCGAAGACAAGGAGGCUGGCGAACACGGGAGCAACCGCAACAGCAUCUGCAUGUUGAAGAAGAACCCCUUCGAUCCGACUCACCAAUCAAAGCCGGCGAAGGAGGAGACGCUCAAAAACAAGGUCUUCUCCCUCAAGAAGUCCCACAGCAGCUACGACCACGUCCGUGACCAGAAUGAAGACUCCAACAGCUCAGCGACGGACAAGAUGGAGGCGACGCCAGCGGAAGGCUCCCUCCUGGAUACGCUCAUGGGCAAGAAGCUGGUCAAGAAGCAGUCCAGUGAGAAUAUGAGUGUCCCCAGCGAGUCCACGGAAUCAGUUCCUUUGGUGUGCAAGUCAGCCAGCGCCCAUAACCUCAGCGCAGACAAGAAACCAAUUCACCCUCGAGCCUCCAUGCUGCAGAAGUCCCUCAGUGUCAUCGCCAGUGCCAAAGAGAAGACUUUGGGCUUGACAGGAAAGACCCAGAGCACAGAGGACAGCAAUAAGAAGAGUCAGCCAAAGAGCAAAGAGACAAGGGUCAACGCAGAGCCGGACAACGAGUGCCAACCCAAGAUGAUCAUGAGCCAGUCGGCUGAGUGCAAGCAGACCGCGGCACUGGGCAGGAUCAUGAAACAGCCGGUGAGCAGCAGCCAGCCUUCGAUCUGCUCUGAUCCAGUCAAGGGAAAAGACCUCUACGAUCUCUCCGAAGUGUGUCCCUGGGAAGUGGAGGAUCUACCCACUCCGUCCGAAAACAAGGUCCAAAAGCAUGUAUCCAUCGCGCCAAAGGAAAGCACGACGGUUCACGGAGGUAACAGCACCAAGGGAGGCAAAUCUCAGAAGCAGAAAGUUUCCGAUCAGUCUCCGUCGAGCGGCAGGCUUUCAAAGGAAAGUCAGAGGACGACCGCUGUCCGAGCGGAGGUAUGUCCGUGGGAAGAUGGAGCUGAAAGUCAAGGCGACCAAGAGGAAGGCUCAAAGCAACACACAUACAGUCAGGCUAGCAAACCCGCUAAGACCCAGCAACCUCAUUCUACAACCGAGAGCUCCAAAACCCAUCAAGUAGAGGUUUGUCCGUGGGACUUCGGAGAGCCCCAAAAGACAACCGAGGUGGCCCGUUCACCAGAUGUGACAACACAAAGAAAAGGCUCCUCUCCUGUGGAUGGGAAAGGCAAAAGUCUACUUUCAGAACCGUCCAAAACAGGAGGCUCACUCCAGCCGCCAUCUUCAAAAGCUGACGUGUGCCCCUGGGACUACGACGGUGCUGCCGUGUCUCCAAGUUCAGAGAGGACACCGAGUCCCUCUCUGGCGUCCCAAACCAAGGAAUCCCCAUCAAAAAAGAAGGAUACCUCUUCCCCGAGAACAGUUGAGAAAGAGAAAUCAAAAGACGCAGAUGAGGAGAAAUGUAGAACAAAAGCCAAGGACAAGAGCAAAUCUUCAGAGAAGCACGUGAGCCAACAAAAGAUGGCGGCGGUAUGCCCGUGGGAUGCAGAGAGUCUUCAGGAAGUGCCGGUGGUAGAAAAAAGGAAAAGCGCAAAUGUUGGAGCAGCCAAAGCAAAGCCGACUGACGUCUGUCCGUGGGAUUUUGAGGAUACGUUGGAUAAAAAAGGUACAGACAAAAGUAGUUCUGUGGUGCAACUAAGCAAUCCGAGUCCUAAAGGCGGAGCUGCAGGUGUUGCUAAGAAGGCAGAUGUUUGUCCCUGGGACUUUGAGGAUAGCACAUCGACCAAGAAGGCAUGACACUCGACCUUAAUGGACCACUGAAAUUAUAGCUAUUGAUGUAUACCUUUUUUUCCACUUUGAAAUCGUUAAAUAUUACCUUUUACUAAUAGUACGGCGACUUGGAAGAAAAGUUGAUCAAGUUCCACAAGUUGCCUUCCUUUCCGAGGUUUUGUUCCUGUUUUACCUAUUUUGAAAAUAAGUAAAAUGUACACACACACAAAAAAAAAAAGAACCCAAAACAAAAUCAUGACGAGCAUUCCAGAUUAUUAAAGGAAAGUCCUGAGGAUAAAUCUUUAGACUAAUUAUGCAACUUUUGAUUCAGCCUUUUUCACUUCAUGAGCAAUGUCGAAAAAAAUCUUUUAUUUGUCGUGUUCGACAAUUCAUACGUUUUGUGCAUCGACAUCAUCACUUAAUGAUAUAAUACGACCUGACGAUUGGAUUUGUAGGGGGAAAGAAGUACAAGACAGCAAAAAUGAAAGCCAAAGAACGAGGGAAGUUUGUGUCUAACUCUCGGCACAGAGGGAAGGACUCAGUGAGGGAAUCCGUCUAUAGCACUUUAGUCAACUCCAUCAAUUAGCAACUGCGGACACGCUCUGUUCUCCUUGAGCGUUUUGUCCACUUAUUUCUAACGUCAUGGCAUGAUACUACACACACACACACACACACACACGGACAUGUUUUGUUUGUUUAGAUCUAUUUAAUUGUAGUUCUCGGCAGAUUAAAAUGCUUCCAAGUCUGCGGAGAUGUACUGUAUGUGCCUAACUAACUAGCAUUGUCUUGUAUCAGUCGGAAGUGAAGCGAGUGGCUUCUCCUUCGGCCCUUUUGUGACGGUGAAUUAUAUAAACAGCAUGCACGGCCAGGUGUCGAGAGGAGUCGGACCCUAACGGUUUGUCAACUGAAGCAGUUAAUGUCUUGACGAAUAUAUAGCACUCCUUUAAAUACCAGAGGCACUCCUUUUCCCUGCUUUCAUAUUUCCAAAAAAAAGCUCAUUCUGGGUUGGAUGAAGAUUAUAUGAGAGCAGCAUGAACAUUGAACGUGUGCUGAAUGUCUCAUGUGUACAAUGUAGAAAGUAGGAAUGGAGCUUUGUUCAUGAGUACGGUACCACGUCCCGUCUCCAACACCCAAACUGACCUUUAAUCGGAGAGAAAACAGCCGAUGGAAGCGGCCGCUCAUAAAGGAUAACGCCGGUUUGUCAUAACUCGUGUUUUAUUUGGCCGCUCCUCCAGUGGGGAACGAUGACAUUGCAUUUGCUGAGACCUGGACAACUUCACCAGAACAAAGUCCAAUGAGUACACGCACAAAAAUAAUAAAGAAUCAGAUUAUCGCGCAACCUUUUUGUUCACAGGCCGUAACUGUUUCGCAACUUUGACCUGCCCGAACAGUUACGGUCGUUUAAAUGCACUCGUUUUGUAUUUUAAUGUGAAACAAAGCAGGCUGUUCUCAUUCAGUAGUUUGUAGUUAUACGCCCACGGAAAAAAAAAAAAAAGUUGUGCGCUGUAAUGUGAAUAAAACCGUUGCAAUCAAUCUGUUUGUAAUCCACGUAAUCGUGAGUUUGAAGAGCCAGAGGGAGGAGGACGGGGUGGAUCCGUAGGUAAAAACACGGGACUUUCACCCAGGAGACCUUUGUGUCCAAAGGUCCGUGUUAAGGAACUUACGUACUUAAGUGAGUAGUUCUUUUUAACCCAAAACACCCAAAUACCAAAAGAUAACAAAAUAACCUUUUUUUUAAUUAUCAUACAAGCGAGAUGAUUCGGCUUACUGUAAGCUUGUUUUCAACGUGCGAGAUCACGUGACUAGUUUCCAGCUCUUAGCAGAUGAUUGCUAUUGUUAUUACGACUAAUAGAAACGAUGAUCGACGCUACGGAUAUAAAACCCACGUUUUUAUAUAUCGAGGAGCUCUCCUUUCAUAUUUUAAAAUAAUAUUUCUACUAGCAUUACACUGCCAUUAGUUUUUUCUUCGCGUAAUGCAUGUUGUUCCCAGUUUAAUGCACUAAAGCCCCAUCGAUUUAUUAAGAUGAUCAUUUUAGAUUUAGGCAAUGUGGUUAUCAAUCAAUAAUCCUCCGACUAAACCUUUUUUGAAGGGGUUUUGAUUUGUUUAGUGUUUUGUAUCAAAAUGUCUAAACGUCCAUCGUUCACUAUGAAACAACAACUCGAUUGAGCACCUGGUACUUCAUUGUGUCUGGUGAGAAUCACAUGGUGUGUUGCCACUGAUUGUAAUUAUCUAUAAUUGCUGUCAAAUUCCUCCAAUAUCCCAAGAUCUGUCGUUAGAAACCGCGGUCGAAUUUGUUAAAAAAAAGAAUAAAAAUAAUUUUGCAACGUCCCGUUCAAACACAGUUCUUUGAAGUUUUCUCGGCAUAAAAGUGAAAACAAUGCGGUGAUAAAUCUGUGUGACCUUUUGUUUGGUUCUACGGCGCCAAGAACAUGUUUAAAUGCCACGUCUUGUGUCUCUGAUGAAUUACUACCCCCUUCGCCGCCUCCUGCUUUAUGAGCUCCUUCAGGAGGAGGCGUCUGGGAGGAGGCG